AUGUCCUCUGCUGCGACCGAGACGCAGCAGAUCGAGGCGCCCAUGGCGAUCCAGCUGCAGCAACCAGACGACCCCAGCCCCGUCCACGAUCUCCCGCCGCCGCCAGUGCCUUCAUCCGAUCCGCGACUGUCCAUCGACAGCAACAAGAGCCCUCCCGCAGACUCGCCAACGCCCACAAACAACGACGACUAUGACCUGUUCAAGCUCAAGCCCACCGAGGCGCUGCAGCUUCUCAGCGCAAGCGUCGAGCUGCUGGUCCGCAUCACCGGCGACGUCCCUCCCACGCCGCCGCCGAAGACACCGACCGACCCCCAGAUGAGCAACAUGCAGGCCGAGAAGGAGAGUAUCGCGCGGUCACACUCGGAGAAGAGCCUUGCGCGACUGCGGGCGCAGGCCCUGCUGGAAGAACAAGAAGAGAAAAACCGAAAACUGCGGAUCAAGCGCCAACAAGAGGAGCAGCAGCAGCAGAAUCUGCAGAAACAGAGCCGCUCGUCGGCAUCAAGUGUAAGCAGAAGCAAGCUCCAGGCGUACAGCGCGUCCAUGUCAGCCCUGCUGAUAGCUCAACAGGACGGCCAGCAACAGAACGCCUAUGCCAUCGACGGCGUACGCCUAAAACACGACCAUCUCAAGCGCUCGACACCAUCAUCUUCAGCCCCGAACCUUCACCCGCCAGAACCAUACGUCGUCGUCGGCGCCGAUUCACAGCCGUUGAACCUGCAGCAUGGCGCCAUCACCCGCAAAUUCUACAGCAAAAACGAACCGCCCAUCUCCGUGCACCAGUAUCUGCUCCGACUGCACCAGUUCUGCCCCAUGAGCACAGCCGUCUACCUCGCCACAUCGCUAUACAUCCACCGCCUAGCCGUCGAAGAGCGCGCCAUCCCCGUAACGAGACGAAACGCCCAUCGACUGGUCCUCGCGGGCCUGCGGGUAGCCAUGAAGGCGCUCGAGGAUCUGUCAUACCCGCAUACCAAGAUUGCCAAGGUCGGCGGCGUCAGCGAGGUCGAAUUGGCAAGGUUGGAGAUUAGCUUCUGCUUCUUGGCGGGAUUCGAGCUCGUCGUGAGAGAGGAGCUGCUGAAGAAGCAUUGGCAGGUGCUCAAAGAGGGUAAGAUGGUGAUUGAUGGCAUGCAAGUUCCGAAGCUGAAGUUGGAGAAGAAGAGGAAGACGUCCCGGGAAGUUUCUCAGUUGUCGCAAUGA